GCAGGUAAGAGCUCAGAAAUAUAUUUGGCCGCCUCAGUUAUGCAAGAAUAUCAGUGUUAGAAAAACACACAGUGGGCCUAUUGUCAAAAAAACAACAGAUUGUAGAUCACAGCUAAUUAUGCAAGAGAGGGUCCACACCAAUGAAAAUCCAUACAAAUGCUCAUAGAGGGGCAAAAGUUUUACUCAGAACAGCUCCCACAUGGAAAUACUCACACCGGGAGUAGGCCUACCAGUGAUCCCAAUGUGGCAAAAGCUUUAGGAUGCCACCCCACUCUGGUGAGACACAAGAAAACUCACAUUGGAGUGAAACCCUUUGAAUGUCCUGAUUAAGUUUCACUGUGAAUUCCCACCUAGUGAUACACCAGAGGAUUCAAGCUGAAGAGAAACCAUAUGAGUGUCCUUAUUGUAGGACUUAUAUUUGAAGUCUGAUCUGAUGAAGCAUCAGAGGACUCGCACGGGAGAGAGAUUGUAUGAGUGUCCACAUUGUACAAAAGGUUUUAGUCAGACUUCCAAACUGGUGAUACACCAGAGAACUCACACAGGAGUGAAACCAUAUGAGUGUCUGGAGUGUGGGAAAAAAUUCAUUCAGAAUUCCAAGCUGUUGAGACACCAGAGGACUCAUAUGGGAGAGAAACCAUAUGAGUGUCUUUAUUGUGCGAAAAGUUUCACUCGGAAUGCCACACUAGUGAUACACCAGAGGACUCACACAGGGGAGAAACCAUAUGAGUGUCACGAUUGUGGGAAAAGCUUCACUCAGAAUUCCAACCUGAUGAUACACCAGAGGAUUCACACAGGAGAGAAACCGUAUGAGUGCCUGGAUUGUGGGAAAAGUUUCAGUCGAAAUUCCCACCUUGUGGAACACCAGAGAACUCACACAGGAGAGAAACCAUAUAAAUGUCCUGAUUGUGGGAAAGGUUUCUUUUGGAAUUCUAAGCUGGUGGUACACCAGAGAACUCACACAGGAAAAAAACCAUAUGAGUGUCUGGAGUGUGGGAAAAGUUUCAAUUGGAAUUCCGCUCUGGUGAAACACCAGAGGACUCACACAGGAGAAAAACCAUAUGAAUGUCCAGAUUGUGAGAAAAGUUUCACUCAGAAUGCCAGCCUAGUGAUACACCAGAGGAUUCACACAGGAGAGAAACCGUACAAGUGCCUGGAUUGUGGGAAAAGCUUCACUCAGAAUUCCAACCUGAUGAUACACCAGAGGGUUCACACAGGAGAGAAACCGUAUGAGUGCCUGGAUUGUGGGAAAAGUUUCAGUCGAAAUUCCCACCUUGUGGAACACCAGAGAACUCACACAGGAGAGAAACCAUAUAAAUGUCCUGAUUGUGGGAAAGGUUUCUUUUGGAAUUCUAAGCUGGCGGUACACCUUAGGACUCACACAGGAGAAAAACCAUAUGAGUGUCUGGAGUGUGGGAAAAGUUUCACUCAGAAUUACGACUUGGUUAUACACCAGAGGACACACUCAGGAGAGAAGCCAUAUGAGUGUCCGGAUUGUGGGAAAAGUUUCAGUAAGAAUUUCAAUCUGGUGUUACACCAGAGCACUCACACAGGAGAGAAACCAUAUGAUUGUCUGGACUGUGGGAAACAUUUCAGUCGAAAUUCCCACCUGGUGGAACACCAAAGAACUCACAUGAGAGAAACCAUAUAAGUGUCUGGAUUGUGGAAAGAGUUUCAAGCAGAAUUCCAACCUUCUGAUACACCAGAAGACACAUACAGGAGAGAAACCAUAUAAGUGUCCUGAUUGUGGGGAAAGUUUCUGUCGGAAUUCUUACCUGGUGUUACACCAGAGAACUCAUACAGGCAUCAAACCAUAUGAGUGCCUGGAUUGUGGGAAAUGUUUCACUCAGAGUUCCAACCUGGUGAUACACCAGGGAAUUCAUGCCAAAAAACCAUAUGAGUGUCUGGAGUGUGAUAAAAAAUUCAUUCAGAAUUCCAAGCUGGUGAUACACCAGAAGACUCACACAGGAUCGAGACCGUAAUGAAUAUCUGGAUUGUGGGAAUGAUUUCAGUAAUAUGUCUACCCUUAUAAAUCAUGUAAGGUUACACAUAGGGGAGAAACCAUUUUAAUGCCUAGAUUGCUAACAGUGUUUCAGACAAAAUUCCUCUCUUAUCAUACAGAAGAUAUUCCACACGGUGUAAUUUGAUGUAUGUAGAGAUAUCUUGAAUAUCAUUUCUGAUCUCUCAAUGCAAGCUCAGCUGAGAAAUUAACCAUUUUAAUUUCUCAGCUGAUUCUUUUUAAUCAAACAUGUCUUUGUGUUAAACAUGGUAAAUAUGGUGGGCCAGCGAAAGAAACCUGCCCAGCAACAAAAUUCAGCUAAGCAACAGAGAUGAGCACUGCCUCCUAGAAUUGGAGAUGACAGACAGAGGAAACCUUUAGGAGGAAAAAGGCCUGCCAAAUUUUAUGGGAAAGAGUGUUCCCAUAGGGAUGGAGCUGCAGUAAAAAAGGCUGACUUCCUACCUCCUAUCAUCAAAAUGUAAAGGAAUGGACAAGGAUCAUGCCUACCUACCCCCAUCUCAACCAAUAGAACAAGUAGAUGCAAAAAUAAUAAAGGUGGGAGAAUAAUGUCAGGUGCCCUAUUGACACAGUGCUUAGAAUGCAGUAUUGCCAGGCUGACUCUGCCCACAGCCUGUCAUUUGAUCCUGACGGGGGUUGAGGUUGAUCCUUCUGGGAUCUGUAAAAUGAGGACCCAGAUUGUUGGGGGAAAUAUGCUGACUGUAAAGGGAGACUGCUGUAAAAUAUUCUGUGGUGGUAUAUGUCUCUAUAUGUUACUGCUAUAAUAAAUAGGUUUAAAGGGGA